AUGGCUCCCCACAUUAUUACCAAACCAACCACCGGAGAGCUUUCGAUUUCACUUGCGGACCUGGUUGUCGAGAAAUCCAAGAAGGCCAUUGAAACACUUGAUAGAUUCACCAUUGGCCUCUCCGGUGGAUCUCUUCCCAAAAUUCUAGCGGCGGACCUAAAGAAUAGAAAAGACAUCACGUGGGAAAAGUGGGAGGUGUUCUUCUGUGAUGAGAGAAUUGUCCCAUUGGACCAUAAUGACUCCAACUAUCUCUUGUGUAAAAACGAACUAUUUGAUCAUGUACCAAUUCCACCCGAGAGGAUUCACACCAUCAAUGGUGAAUUGGUGUCAAAAAUUGAAAAAGUGGAUACCGAGAAGGCUGCGGAAGUCGCGCAGAACAUGGUGGAUGAUUAUGAGAAUCAACUCAUCAAGGUGUUUGCGUGUGCGAAAUCGGUAAAAUUUCCUGUAUUUGAUUUAUUACUGUUAGGCAUUGGGCCCGACGGACACAUCUGCUCAUUAUUCCCCAGACAUCCCUUGUUGGAGGAGGACGUCACGUGGGUUGCUUACAUUAUGGAUUCACCAAAGCUACCGCGUAGAAGGAUUACCUUGACUUUGCCGGUGGUCAAUCACGCUCACACCGUAGCCUUUGUUGCAACCGGGGCCGGAAAACAAGAUACAUUGGUCGAAGUGUUAAACGAAAAAGGAAAUCUGCCUGCACAAUUGGUUAAACCUAUUCACGGAAAAGUGUAUUGGUUUCUGGAUGAUGAGGCAGCUGCCAAGUUGAAUAUUUAA